AUGAGCGAUGCUGGUUCGGUGUUGUGGGCCAUCGCGAUGGCCGUACUGUCAAUUGUGACAGUGGUCGGUAAUUUAGCCGUACUACUCUCAUACUACCUCGACAAGAACAUUCGUCAUCCGUCCAACUAUUUCAUAUUCUCACUAGCAGUAUCAGAUCUGUCCUUAAACGAGAUUCCGUAA